UGAACACUUACCCGUUUGAUUGACAUUGCAGAAAAAAAAUUGGAGUACAAACACUGACAGAAGUGGACGGAGUGAUGAUAUUGAUAUGGGGGAUAUUGUCACCAAUGUAAUGCUGACUCUGUUCUCUUAGGUUGUGACAGGACCUUCUCCACAUGGCUUCCUCCAGGAAAAUGGCGUCACAACGUGACUUCAACAGGUUGAUGAACGGUCGGGCAAAAAAGGGAGAAGCUUAUGUCCCUACUGAUGUGGAGCAUGUGGCCAAUAUUAUAACACAUGGGUUUUGGGUGAUCCCUAGUGCUCUAGCCACCUUAUGGAUGGUUUACCGGUCCAACACUUACCUCCAGUACAAAAUGGCACUUGUCUAUGGCUUGGCUCUCACAGCACUCUUCUUUGUUUCCUCCAUGUUUCACUGUCUGUCCUUCAUUGGAAGAUACAGGAAAUUAAGACAUUUUUUUCACAUUGGUGAUCGUGCAGUUAUCUAUGUCUUCAUAGCCUCAUCCUAUACACCAUGGUUGGUACUGAAGGACUUGGGAGGUCUUGGUGAUGAGACUUUGGUGAUUGUAUGGACAAUGGCACUAUCGGGAAUCCUCUACCAGUAUGUGUUCCAUGAACAGUAUAAGUGGCUGGAGAUCGUGUUUUACCUCACCAUAGGAGUGUGUCCAGCUCUCGUCACCCUUACUAUGAGAGAGACUGCAGGCUUGUAUGAGCUGGCUUUGGGAGGCAUGACGUACAUAGCUGGUGUAGUGUUCUUUAAAUGUGACGGGAUCAUCCCGUUUGCCCAUGCCAUCUGGCACUGCUUUGUGUUGGUGGGGGCUAUGCUUCACUACUAUGCCAUCUCCGCCUACCUGCUUGGCCGUGAAAAGGAUGAGGUCAUAUGGGGCAGCUAACAUGGUCUAAGGCCGUGGCAAAAAUAAAGGUCUGCAGAAGAAAGGUAAAAAUGAAAUACAGCACCAAGAUGAGGACUUAACAAUCUCAUGGGAAACACAGCUAUAUAUAUAUAUAUAUAUAUAUAUAUCAGGUUGGUCAGUGACUUUAGGUUGUUUUGAAAGCAAAAUAUGUGGCAAAUAGAAUGACAUUUGUUAAUGGUAAUAAAAAAAAAUUAAAAACCUUGAUCUAGAGGCCUCCAAUUUACCAGUAUAAUAUGACAAUACAUACAUCUUUUGAAAUUCUAAGAUAUAGUAUUUCAGUUUGUUUCUGAUAAAGCAUCACAAUGUGUAUAUUAUAUUGUUAGUCAAUGGUGAUUUGUUUGUACAGAUGUACUUUGUAUUGGUAUGAAGUUAUGAAUAUUGGUAUUUUGCAUUAGUAUUCUUGUGACAUAACCAAAUGUGAUAUAUAUAUUUGUAAUGAUUUUCUUGAAAAUGAAAGUGAUAUGAGUUUGCUAUACAUUUUACAGAGACUGUUAAUUUUAUCCUGACAUUUGUGACAUUAUUUUACUAACAGGUGCCAUUUUCAGCUCACCUGGCCUAAAGAGGAAUGUGAGUUUUUUGUCAUGGUGCGGCACAUGUCAUCCGUCUAUCCAUUUCUUUAAAAGCAUACUCCUCCAGAACAGUUGAUCAAUUUUAACCAAAUAUUUGGUCUGAAGCAAAUAGGGCUAAGUGGUCUCAAUUUUGUAUAUGCAAAGGGUGUACCCCAACCUCAACCCCCCUCCAGGGACAGAGGGCCAGGACACAAUAUGGGAAAUAUAUGCAACUCCUGUACAGGUGAAGAAAUUUUGACCAAAUUUGUUCUGGUGCAUCACUGGGCUAAGGAACUUACUUUUUGUACACACAAAAGAAGUGAUCACUACAGGCCUCUGUCAGAACCCAGAUGUGGAAAUAUUGAUCAAUCUUUAAAAACCUAUUCUGUCAAUACAAAUGAAGAUAGUUUUACCAAAUUUUGUCUGAACCAUCUUUUGGUCAUAGGGACUUAAUAUUGCAUAAAGGAAGAGUGUCCUCCUUUCAGUAGAGGAGUCUUGCCCAAUAGGAGAAAUAGGGAUCAAUAUGUGAUGGGCUACUCCUUCAGUUGGAGUGAAAGGAUUUGAACCAAAUUUGGUACAGAGCAUCAUUCGGUCAAAAUGUCUCAAUUUUGCAUAAAGGAGGGUGUACGGCCCAGUAAGGGAAGUAGAAGUAAUCUUUUACACACAUUAUGUUUUAGUAUUGAAGGGGUUUUACCAAAAUUUAUUCAAAAGUAUUACUGGGCCCAAAUUAGCUGAUGGCUCAGAUUUUGACUUAUUCCCAAUUCAGUCAGAUCAAACUAAAUGUCCUCCAAAUGUGCCCAUCAUUGCCUGUACCAAUGGUUGUUAUUUGAAUUAAAUUAACAAACGAAUCAGGUGAACGAUACAGGUGCUAUGGGCUUCUUGUUUAGCCAUACUGUAAAACUGAAAUUCAUUGUCAUUUUGGAAUUUAAGAAUUUCCAUUUGAGUUAAACUGAUGAGAAUUUAUUCUUCUAUUUAUAUGGUAAACAUAUUUUUAUAAAUUUUAAGGAGUGCUCUAGUAUAAAUUAAAGUAAAUAAGUUUCCUUUCACCAAAUAAACUUGCUGGAAAUAAGAUUUGGGCACUUUAAUACCCUAAAUUGGAACCUCGAUGUUUUAUAAUAUCAUACAUUUUCUAUAUCAUUAAAACAUGUGCAUUUAAGGUAUAUAUAAAGAUAGUGAUUUACAAUCACAGGAGUAAGUCCUUGUUAGUUAUAACCAUACACACCAGCAAAGAGGGAUUACUACUGUAAUGUCAGCAUUAUAUAUCAAAAGGUUAAAAAAACAAGCAUAGAAAUCACAGUAUUGUAUUUUACUUAUAAACUUACUGGUAGGUUGAAAGAAGAUAGUUAAUGCUGUUAUUAUUAAAAUGUUGGUCAACUGCAUUUGGUUGCUGGUAGACUGUUGGUAUAUAGAAGCACCUUGUGACAGAUAUUUGGCUCUUCUAUUUAAAACAAUUCAUAAGCUCAUGAAUCAUUUCAUUUCACAUUGUUUCACUCUUCAUUGAAGUUAGCGCAUGGUGAACGUCGACACACACACAGAGGGUUGAGUUUGUUGUAUUUAUCGUAGAGUGUGUGUGUGUGGUUCGGAUCUCUUGGUCUUCCACCAUAUACAGGAGAUAUACAACUGACAGCAAAUAUACCAUGUUUAUACAAGUUUUAUAUAGAUUUUUAUUAUGACAUUUUAUUGACAUACAAUUAGAUUUGUAAUGCAGAUUUAUAACUUAGAUAACCCACCAACUUGUAAGACCUCUUUAUUUUGAUACUCUUGAGUAUUUUGUAAUUAAACAUUUGACAAUAAAGUAUACCUAUAGUUUAUAUACAGAGCUUGCUAAUCCAUUUUGGAGUAGUUUGAAAUAAGACAGUGACUGUCUAUUUUUUCUAACAUGUAUUGUAUAUCAUUUAUCUUAUAUUACUGUCUCACCUCCUUGUAAAAAAUAUUGUGAAAAUGUGUCAUAUUUAAAUAUAAAAAGAAGCUUUUUCAUACAUAAUUUCUAGUGCUUCCAAUUAUCCAGAUUGUAUUUUGAAGAGUAACUUCCUAACAUUUUGGCAGCUUUUAAAUGACAAGCUACACAAGCUAUAGAAUUAAAAGUUGAGUGUAACACUCCACAUUUGAUAAAGGUACAUUUCUUUUCCGGUUGGAUUAUACAUAGCUUUUGGGAAAACAAUCUUCUAAACAGGUAUUAUCGCACAAAAUCAAUUAUAGAUUGUUUCUUAACUGUUGGAGCACAAAUUUAUUUGAUUAAAUGUACAAUCCCAUUAAGUAAAUUUUAAAUUUGAUGCAUAAUAAUGUUAAAGCAAAGUUAACUUAUUAUUUAUGAUACCAGUAUCCAUCCUGCGAUGACACUGUAAUUCAUUAACCCCUGAAAUUUCAUAGUGAACUAUUCUAACCUUCGAUUUGGAAGAGUUCAAAUGUGUCUUCAGGGGUGAAUGAGUUAAUACUGUUACUAUAUGUCAAGCAUUGUUUAAUCUUUUUAUGUUUAACUUAUUCUUUUGUAGAAUAUUUUUUAAAUCCUGUAUUUGGAUCUUAUAUACAAAUGUAUUUGGUAACAAAUUGGUAAGUCAUGUUUGGUUUACAUUUGUUACUAUGGCCUAUACUAUUAUAUUAUGUCUUGUUUAUCUGGUGUUCAUAUAUCAGAAAUCAGUAGCUAAUAUCAGCAUCAGUUCCACAAUGUUUUUUAUACCAGGUAAGGUGAAGGGCACCAACAGGUUAAAACAAAGACUCAAACUCUCGUUUGUCUCAAUAACUUAUUACCAUUGUCACUGUUGAAAAUUGUUUUAAGUCAUUUUCAAAAGAACUGUUUUAUAAAAACUAUGUUGGGAUAAGUUUUAAAGAAUAAUACUACACCGCUCUUUUAAAUUUAAAUCCUUGAAAAUAGAAAUGAAAGAUGAAAACAGAAAAACUGCAUGGGUUGAAAUCGAUAUAUUUCCAUUGCAAAGCCUACACUUUAACGAUGUUGCCAUGCAGGAAUGACAAUAUUACAAACCAAAUUUCCUAUAUAUAGGCUACAAAUCCUAUGAAAAACUUGAAGGGAAGUAAAAUACAUUUUUGAUGUUUCAUCUUCGAUAUACGAUAUACAUGUACACACUAAAGUCUUAAAAAUCCAUAGUUGAAAUCUUCUCUGUGUUUAUAACUGAUUUAGUGGUACCCUUGACCUUAAACUGAUGGUCAGAGUGUGACGUCUACAUCAAGGCAUUGAUUAUAGCUCCUAAUAGAGUCCUCACAAACACUAGUCUUCACAUCCCCUGAUAUAUCUAUAUUUAUCUACAUUGUUCCAUGGUUUUACUUAAUAUAACACCGUGUUUUUCAUCUUGUUACCUCCCUAAGGUAUUGUAGUGGAAUAGUGUAUUUGUUGUUACUAGUGCUAUCAGAUGUUUAUUGUUAUAUAUUUAUAUAUAUAUAUAGAUGGAAAUAUAGUCUUCUAGUUUUGUUAGAUGGUAAGGACAUAUUUUAAAAUUUGUUAAAUGUUAGCAUUAUCUAUAUGGUAAUGUCUAGAGUGAUUAGAUUAGAAAUUAUUACAGCUAUUGUUGACAAAAAUGAUCACUUUAUUCCACAUUUCUCUAGACUACAUGACAUUGUGUUUGAAAGGUAGAUAUCAAAAUGUAUCAAUGAAAUAUCAAAAAAGAUUUCAGCUCACCUGGACAAAAGAAUGCACUAUUGUCAUACCGCCACUUCCAUCAUCCAUCAUUCAUCUUCUGCCCAAUAACAUUUUGUUUAAACAACUUCUUGACAAAACAUUGGGCUUUAAUGUUCGGCUAGGGUGAAGGAGUGUCAUAUUGCUGCGAUAAAUUACCUUGGCCCAAAGUCAAUGUCACAAGAAUUAUAUGCGUCAAACUCUUAAAACAACUUAACAAACUAUUAAGUAUAGAAUUAGGAUAAAACAUGGCCUGUCACUUGUUUCAAUGAAGGCAGUAAUCAAUCUACAAUUUGUUUGUUCGGGUCCUUUUCAACUGUAUUGCUAAAACAACGGUUUACAUAAUAUUAAAUUAAAGUAUGUCCAGAAAUUCUUCCAAUUUCAUCUAAGUUAUACAAGGAAAGGACUCAGUAUUCGUAUGUAGAUUUAUAACUGAUUAAGGACUAACAAGGCUCCUAAAAAAUUAAAAACUUAUCCCUUCUAUUCCUUUUCAAUCUCAUAGGGGUUGAUUGAGUUGAAAUAUUCCAAUACAUUUUCUAUCAACUGCACUUCAAGAUGAACACUUAUUGCUGAAUGGGCCUCAGGCUAAUAAUCAAAUCAUGAUUAUAUUUAUGAUUAUAUUUAUUUAAUUGCCAUUUUACAUUCCCCACUGUAGUCUUAUUAGAAAUGAAAUCCCAGUAUUGUGUAUAAUAGUGCAGACUAUGUCUGUCUCUCCAUUUUAUAGUGCACUAUCAGUGGGUUAUUUUUAAAUGUAUUUAUUUUCCAUGUCUGAGAUAAAGUGACUACUGUGAUGACUGCCUUCCUGUAAGUGCUGAAUUAGUACGUCUCUAGUGUGAUGUAGACCUGUAGAAAUUAUCUCCCCUUUCUGAUGGUCGUUAUAGCAACAUUUCUUAUGAAACGGCUAUAUUACAAUUGCUCAAAAACUUUAAUCAUGCCCCAAUGGCUGUACAUUCAGUUUAUUAUGAAAUAUGGACAAUGACAUGUAUAUACCUAGUCUCAGGUUAUCUUGCAGGUUAAUAUUUCUUUCCUUUAACUUUGUUUAAUAUUGUCUUUCCUUUAGAUAUAUUUCGUGGUUUUUUUUUGUAUUUUCGGUGAUUUCUGUAGCAUUGUAGGAUAUUUGGUUAUUUUUGUAUAAUUGGUUCCUAUGAGUCACCAAAAUUACCAAUCAGUAAACAAUCUAUCUAAUGUUUUUCUUUACAAACUGCCUGGCAGAUUUGAUGAAACUUGGGCACGCUGGCGUAAUAAUUAGCCUGUAAAAUUUUAAACAACACUUCUGAUACGAUUUGGUGAAUUUACUCGUAGAAAGGGGCUCUCAGAGGAGUGAGGGGCGGGCCCAUACGAUGGCAGAGUGCAAAAUAUUAAGAUGAUGCUUCUAUGAAAGUGGAUUUUUACUGUCAUACCAUAAAUGAUGAAGAUGAUUUUUUUCUUCAAGAAUGCGCUCACACCAAGGGGUUGUAGGGGCGGAGCCAUAAGAUAUCAAAGAGUGGGAACACAUUUGAAUUAGAUACAUCUUUAUUCAAGAAGGGUCUGAUAUUCAACAUGGGUGUUAGGUGUUGGGCUAUAUUAUAAGUGGUAACUGGCGUAAAAUCUGUAUUCAUUUAAAGUUAGAUCCACUUAAUAUGAUGUGUAUAAUUCAUAAUUUCACUCGGGUGACAAUUAAGGCCUUUCGGUCUCUUGUUUUAGUUUCAUUCUGACAACGGAUAGUUAAACGUUUUAUUUUAUUUUCUUACAUGUAAUGACUUUGUCAGUCCAAUAAGGUUGCAGUUUAGAUUUGGUAAUGAAUUAGAAAUUUUAUAGUGGUGAUUUCUGUCAUAUCUCUUACAACACAUGUACAUUUUAUUAUUGUCUGGCCAUGACAACAUGUAAUGUUUGCCCCAGAAAUUGUCUGUAUAUUUUUGCUUCUACGUAUAUAUUACAGACAUACUUUAAGCAAAUGAAAAUGGCACAAAGGUUGUCUAUACUCUUUUUCUUGGCAUGAGUCUACGUUAAAUGACAACUCUCUAUUUGAAUUAAUUCUACCAUGCAAAUGCGUAAAAUUCCUCAACUGGUACAGUAUAGAGCCAUGAAAUAUUAAAGUUAUGAAAAGGUAUUGUUUAGGUUGCAGUAGCCCAAAAUUAUCGGGCUCUUUCCACCAGUGUAUACACUUGUUUUGACAGAUUGAAUGUCAGUAGAUGGCAAAGUUUGGUGUAAGGAGACAGAACGAAUAUUGUGGGCUAGGGUUGUAGUAUUCUUUGCACAGAAAUGACAUUGAAAAGAAACCUUCCUUGAAAAUAAGAAGGAAUACUAAUUCGUCGUGAUAUUUCGUUGGUUUUAUGUUUGGUGUGCCAUGUAACCUGAUGUGUUUUUUAAGUUAAAUUGAUACAUCAUAGAAAAAGACAUUUUAUUGUUGCUGUUUCGUUGUGUAUUUUUCAGCAAUCUAUGUACAUCUUAAUUACUCGACAUUGUACUUAUUGAUUGUACUUACUAUGGCCCGUUUUGACCAUAUUAAACACCUUUUAACUGAAAUUGGUCAUUAACAAUUUUAAAUAGGUUGAGUCUAGUUAUGUCUACUUAUAUAUCUUUUUGUCAAUUUAUGGUGCAGCAUAAUGGCUAUUUAAAACCGGUGCUGAGUAAAUGUGCUUUAACCAAGCACUAGUAGUUUCCCACUAUUGUUUUUAUCGAGUUACAGGCUAUGUUAACAUUACCGGGUUAUACUCAUUAUUUCUUUCAAUCUUUUGUUUAAAGGUUAUUUAUCUUCAUCAAGCUCUGUUGAAUUUAAAUUCAUUAAGAAUAUGAUUAAAUAUGUUGAAUUAAAUUGUGUUAAUUUAAAUAGGAAAGGAAAAAAGAAAAUGAAUGGUAUUUCAUGGCACUAUCAUAUUAUCAGCAAAACGAUGAUGGUCACAUUACAGCAAGUAUAUAAUGUAUCUGUCGAUUGACUUCAGUACUUGAUUUUACUGUUUUUACAGCUCGUUAUCCGUGCUGAAUUCUGUCACUGACAAUAAUAAAACCAUGUAGAAUAUUUCUGUCUUUAUACACAUAUUUUGUAACUUGUCAACAUUGUGUGUCUUUGUGUGAACUUGUUAUUGGCUUGAAGACAAUUAUGUAUCAAAGACUGAACAAUUGUAUUUUUGUUUGUCUUAUUUAUUAUAUUAAAACAAUGUCUUUUUCUA